CUUUCAAAAGAGCGCUACAAUAAAUUAUAAGUUUGGUACAACUCUAAGUAGGCCUUAUUUAUACAAAUUAGUAAUUCUAUCAGGUAAUAAAUUUGAGACUAUCUUAACUCGAAAAAUUAACAUGAAGCCAAAAUCUGAAGAAUUAUUGAACACAUCAGUGUAUGAGUUAAUAUAAUGGUAAAAGUGCAGUUCAGGAUAAAUAAAAUAAUUAUAAUAAUUAAUUUAAUAUAUAUAUUAAUGUUAAAACAACUAAUAAUUAACUAAUAAUACUCUAAAUACUAAUAAUAAUAAAUUAAAUAAUACACUACUAAUACUAAUAGGAUAUAGAUAGGCAUAGGUCAAUAGACAGUGCAGAGUACAGUCAUGCUUGCUAAGAGGCUAGUCAUAGGACUUUAUAAGUUAUUAAUAAUAAGAGACAGUAGGCCUAUAAAAAUAAACGCCCACAAAGGCUAAUAAUAUAUGUAACAUAUGAUUAUAAUAAAAUAAAUAUUGUCUAUAUUUAUGUGUCCCAUUUUUUGUUACAUGUUCAAUGAUUUUCAUUGAUUUAAAUUUAUUAUUUAAUUAUUUUUAAUUUUAAACCUCAUCAGGCUGUGUAAAUUUUACAAGUAAUGGGCAUUUGGACUGGAAGUGUUUGUAACUACCAUUUUUCAGAUCAUAAAUCAUAAAGGCAGGACCAUCCAUAGAUGACAUCACACAGAUUUUUGACACCCCCCCUCCAUAUAACAUCACAAAUCUCUGUGCACCCCCCCCCCAACCCCCUAAAAAAAAUAAUUUCCCUGUGUCCACUACUGCCCUUUACAAAUCCCAAGACCUGAGGUGCCAAAGACCAGAAAAUUGUAUGUACUGCCAUUGUCAUUGCCAGUUGUUGCUGCUUUAAAAAAAAAUCUGUUUUAUGCAUUUUGAUUAGCAGCAGUAAAUGUUUUUCUGGUAAUUUUUUUCCUUGUUUAUAAAACAUUAGUUAAAGAAAUAAAACUACAAUAAAUAAAGUAUUUAAUUAUUUUCAUAUUUUAAAUUUUAUUACAAUAUACUUUAUACGGUUGGAGAGGGAGGGGGAUGUUUCAAACGGAGUUGGCAUGCAGCGAUGCAAAAAGGUUAAGAAUACCUGCCCUAGCGCAUUUACUAAGACCCCCCCCCCUCUCCAUCAACCAUUUUUUUUUGCUCCAUCCCACUUCACAUGUUAGUCCUAAUUCUAUGACUCCCGUCUCCACAUUUUGACAUAAAUUCUCACAACUGUCAAAGUCACUACACCCAUUUUCUCCUCCUACGUGGCGGCCUGUAACUUGAUCAAAGGCCAUUUCUCGGACCUCGCAUACCUUUACUGAUUCAGUGAUUUUAGUUUAAAAAUAAAAUAAUCAUAAUUGUUGAAUAAAAGAAUAAUUUUAAAAAUGUCUGUAAUCUAGGGUUAUUAAGUGCAAUUCUUUACUAUAAUAUUCCGCUUUUCAUGUGACGUUACAUUGCUUAAGCUCCCUCCCAAAAAGGUGACUCCCACCCCCCCUAGCCGCAUGACAUCAUUUAUGGAUGGCUCUUAACUGAGCCCUCCACCAUUUUUCAGAUUAGGGAACACUCCCAUAUAAUGUUUAAAUAUAUUAAAAUUUACUAAUUAAGUUAUUAAUAAUAAUAGACAGUAGGCCUAUACUAAAGGCUAUAAGCCUAUAUAAGUAUGUCUCAGACUCAGAUGCCUAUGCCUAUAUGAGAUUUCAUUUAAUUUAAAUUUAUUAUUUAAUUAUUUGUAACCCUCAUCAGGCUGUGUAAAUUUUACAACUAAUUGAGCAUUGAGACUGAAAGUGUUUCUGAUUACCAUUUAACAGAUACCUGAGCACUCCACCAUUUAAACACUCCCUUAGAAUUAGAAUUAAAGGAUUUGCAUUAACGAAGGUCGCGGAUCAAAUUCGUCCCAUUGUGAUGGAUUUAAAAAAAAUUUAAGGACUUGACACUGGAUUUUUUUUUCUGCAAAAAGAAGUCAUUUCCAAAAAAAAAUGACAGGCGCUUUUUUACAGCUUUACUGUAUUCUUUUACAAAACUUGACCUAAACAUAUCUAUAUAACCGGUAAUAAAUAACAUGUAGAAAGUAUACCUACACUGAGAAUUUUCAUACAAAAUUUAUAAGGUACAAUGCUACCUAUGAAGCCUCUGAUUGGUGUAAAAAGAACUAGACCCCCCUGUCCCAGGAAUGGGUAAAGAUUUUUGUCUAAACUUUGGGCUACAUAGUCUAAAUGCUAAAAUGUAUAAACAUCGUGGAAUUUCAGGUAUUUUCGACUUAUCAAAAAAGUUACCGCAAUUUAAACACUCAAUUGUAUCUAUGCCUAUGCUGCCUGAGAAACAAUGGUUAAAUAGGUCUAAUAUUUGACUUAAUUACCCUAAAUGUAAAUGAGAAAUCUUAAGUUUUAGGCUAAAGAAGGCCCAACUAUUCUCAUUAAUAAAAGUUUAUAUUUUAUGACCCUUCAAAAAAAUUGCCAGCUUUAAAUUUACAAGACACACAAGACACUGAAGGAACUUUAAUUUUUCAAUACUUUAAAUACAAUUUUAAAUUGAGAUUAUGCAUACUCUUUAAACAAUAUACUCCUUACUGUGCCUUUUAUCAUGUUUGGAGAGAGUGCUAUGCAUUUAUGUUAAGACAGAAUUAUAUUGUUCUUUUGUGUUAAAGAGAUCUACCUAUCAUCAAUCCAAUAUAGAAGUGAAUUUUAAUGGCUUGGUGACCUAUAAAAAUUCAUAUAAUUUAAAAAGGUCAGAACAGCUCUGUCAAUCUCAAUGCAUUCUUAGGUCUAAGGAAUUACCAAGUGCUCCUUAAUAACAAAAUAAUUAUUUGGCCAUGUGAGUUGCUGCCAAAAGACAGAAAGAGAGAAUAAAUGAAAUUUGCAUAUUUUGAAUAUGCCUUGUGACCUGUAUAUUUUAGUUGCAAAUGAUCUGAAACAUCUGACCAAUGCCCCAAAGAGAACUCCAUAAAAUUGUGAUCACAUAUAAUGCUACCACACAUAUCUUUUUAGGAUAGGGUAAUCUUUCUGGAGUUCUUGGGGGAAUGUGCAAAUUUUCUUUAAAAAUCAAAGAGUCAUAGUCUCUUGCACAUGUCAUGUAAUCACUGACAUAUUUAAAUACUUUGGUCCUCACUAUUGGCUAACAACAGAGCCAAUACUAUAUAUUUUAAUCCUACAUAGAACAUGACAGUCUUCCAUAAUAAAAUGUUUGAAGUAACAUUAAAAAUAAGAUGCCAGUAUAAGUUGCCUAAAAAUUUCUGAUAUUAAUAAUAUGUUAUCCACUCUUUGUGUUGAACAAAUGUGACUUCUUUUGUAAUAAAUUGCCAAUGGUGGUCUAUGACAAUAUUGAAUGCUUUGAUAAAGUUUUCUAGAGUCUCAAACUAAAAUCCUGCUUCUUCAAUAAGUCCCUCAAAGAUGUAAUUAGUAAUAUCAUCUUAUCCUCUGUUUUUGGGAGAUGUAAUGCCUCCUUAAUUUUAGUCUUAAUUUUCUUGUUAUCAGUUUAUUUUCCUGUGUGGAGUACUUUUUCCUAUGAGCAAAUUGUUUUAGAACAAUAUUAUCAGUUUUAUCCAUGAUUUCUGCACAUAUUUAUGUCUCCCAUUAUGAUGUUUAUGACAGUUAUUUUAAAUUUUAUUUGAUGACUUUUUCAGACCUGUUUACCCUCAAACUCUUAAAAUCGUACAAUAUCAUAAAAUCAUUCAAAACAUUAUCUUAUUAGUAAAAAAUAAACAUACAAUAUACAUAAUGUAUACAUCUCAAAAUCGUCAAAGUCGCCAAUUUACGCCAAAAUUGUAAGAGUAAACAGGUCUGCUUUUUAAAGCCUUUCAGACAACUCUGUUGUGACUUAUUCAUCUUACUCUUUGGCAUUUGUUGGUGCACUGAAUAACAUUUAACCUAAACUUACUUAUGCCUUUCCACCCUGUCUGGGGCAUAGGCCGUCUACAAGAACUUUCCACUCAUCACGGUCCUGUGCUUUCCUUUCCUAUUGCUUCCAGGUGAUUCCCAUAUUUUGCGUGUCAGCCUCUAGCUCGCGUCUCCAUGUAUUCUUAGGUCUUCCUCUCUUUCUUUUUCCCUGUUGGUUCCUUGUUAGGCAUUGUCUCGUGGUGCUAUCUGGGGGUUUUCGGAGGUUAUGCCCUAUCCAUCUCCACCUUUUCUUUAUGAUAUCUUCAUCAAUGGGCACCUGGUGUGUCCUUUCUAUUAGAUCUUUGUUAUUGAUAGUAUUUGGCCAUUUGAUUUUCAGGAUCUUUCUAAGGCAUGUGUUUAUGAAUGUCUGCACUUUCUGCAUAAGGCUCACAGUUGUUUUCCAAGUUUCUGCACCCUAUAGUAGGACUGUUUUGACAUUAGUGUUAAAGAUUCUGACUUUGGUUUGCAGUUUCAGCUCCUUCGACUCCCAUAUUUUCUUUAGUAGCACAAAUGCCGAUCUAGCUUUUCCAAUUCUGGCCCUUACGUCUGCAUCGGAUCUGCCAUUUGUGUCUAUGGUGCUGCCUAAGUAUGUGAAGGACUCCACUUCUUCCAGGUCUUUUCCUGCCAGAUAGAUAUGCUCAUGGUUCGAUGGGUUUACCUUCAUGAUUUUUGUCUUGCUUUUAUUUAUAUUUUAACCUAAAACCUUUCCAAAAUGUUUUGAAGGUGGCACUGAUGAUUCUUGGUCCGGCUGGCUGCCAUUAUUAGAGAGGCCUUGAAUCAGUGAAUAUUUUUGAUACCCCUUCACUGUUAGUCAAACCAGUUCAAUAAAACUUGUUUCACAGAUCUGAGGGAGCAAUGUUAAAUAUUCUUUUUUUUCCCUAGGUGACCUGACCACAUUUUUCUCACAUUCCAUAUGCCAGCCCUGGUAGUUCUCAACAUCUUAUCAGUUUCAUAUCCAUUAACCACAUGUGGUACAUAACCACAAUGGCCUGUGCAAUAAAGUGUCUUAUUAAGCUUAAUUAUCAUUAAGUACCAUGCAGUUUUUCAUGUGAUAGGAAACAGACUUAACUUACUUACUAAUACAUAUUUACUUCUUGUAUUUUGCAUAAAGUGUUGACAUAAUGGUUAUAUAUUUUUAUUUUUUCUAAUCAGUAUAUAAAUUUAUCAUGGAAUCCUAUAUGGAGAGUACUGACUUUAUUGGAUUGAAAAGAUCAUAUGAUAGAGAUAGAGGUAGAGAUAUUCUUGGGCUAGAUAAAGUAAAACAUGAUCUGUUAGACGAUUUUGAGGAGACUCCUGCCAAAUCAUCUAGACUUACCCUCAACACUCAUAAAAAUAAAAGUUAUUCAGACUUUGCCAUGCCAGCUCAAAAUGGUGAGUAAAUAUAAUUUUAAUUUUACUAUUUAGCCUUAUCUCCACAUACAGUAACUAAAUUUUUAACAUUUACUAUCAUAUAUCUUAACCAAAUCAUUAUUUCUAAAAGGUAUUUUUUCUUUUGCUGUUUGAAAAUAUCUUUAUUAUCUGUUACAAAACAACACAGAAUUAUCUUUGUUGAAAAAAGAAGUCAAUUUAAAAGAUGCUGAGAUUAUUUCCAUGAGGGCAAAUCUGAUGCUAGUUGAAAAUCAAAUUUCACACUCUGAAGAUACCAUUAGAAAACUACAUAUUGAACAUGAAAAAGUGCUUGCCAAAUUCAAAUCUGAGAGAGAUGUAAGUUAAAAUUCUAGUUAUAUUCGCUUGCUAAAUGUUUAUAAAUAGAAUAAUUGUAAAUUAUAAAUUGCUUAUGGCAUAUGUGUUCUUAAACUUGCACUUAUGGUUUUGAUUUACUACAUUUAGUUAUUGAAAAAUAGAAGCAUUUAAAAAAUAAUAAUAUGCAUCACAUAUGCUGCAUUUGUAGAUGUAAACAUAUUUAUAAACUUAAUUAGAAUUCUAAAUGAGACUACACAAAUAACUUAACUUUGUCACAAUAUAUAUAUAUAUAUAUUUAUUUUCCUAUUUAUCAGAGAGAUUCAGAAAAUUUAUUUAAAAUGAAAUCAAAGCUUCAUUAUGUGAUGGAAAAGGAAAAAACAUCCCGUGAAGAAAUACAUAGACUUGAAGAAGAGCUCUCAAAACUAAAGUCAGAGUCAGACAAAAAGAUAGCUAGUGCUCAGAAAGAAAAAAUUGACGCAAUGGACCAGGGAAAACAGGUUUUCUUACAGCAGCAGAAACUGUUUGUAGAUUGAUUAGACAUUAGACUAUUCCUAAUGUAUUUUGAUCUUUAAAAGAAGCUUGAAAUAAAAGCAGCUAAAUUUCAGUAUGCUAUAUUGAUGGGUGACCCAGGCUAUAACUUAAAGAAAAAAAAAGGUUAAAUUCAAAUUAACUAUAAAUUAAUUGAAAAAAAAGAAUUUGUUCAAAUAAUUUAAGAAAUACUGGGUAUUCAUAUGUACAAAAAUUAAUCAAUAAUAAUAACAUGUUUUAUCUCAUAUAAAUAAAAUAUUUCAAUUCAAUUUCAAUUCAAGUUUAUUUUACACUUCCCUUCAGACUGGAGCAACUCUGUUUGAAAAAGAAUGUGAACUACGGAAAGAAAUUGUACGGCUUGAGAAUGAAAUCACAAGACUGGAAUCAAAGCUUGGUGAAUCUGAAGCACAACUUGAGCUCAGGAAAAGAAUUCAGACUGAAAAUAGUGAACUGAGCAGGGAAAUUGAGAAUGUGAACAGAAAAUUGGCUGAAGAGAAGCAAAAAAAUAAGGUUUUGUCAGAAGUUUUAUUUUAUGAACUGACUAUUUAUUUUUGUAUUUGCAAGGGAUGAUAUUACAUUACUUUUAACUACUGUUCUAAAAAUAUCAGUUUUAUCCCAAAGCGAUUUUUCUAGUAACUAACUUUCUUUCUUGUCUAAAUUUGUGAUAAUUUCCUUCUAUGCAUCAUAUAUUUAUUUGAGUAUCUGAGAUAAUUCUAAUGCAGCACUUUUAUCAGAACAGGGGUGUGUAAAAAUUUACAAGAAAGUCUUGAAAAUUGAUAUGUUAUUAUAGAUACUAUUGUUAUAAUGGUGGUUCAAACCUUUAAACAAAGUAUAUUUAUUUCAGGAGUUAGAAAAGAAGCUUCAUGACCAUGAAGAUAACCUUAUCAUCACAAGUGCCUUGAAAACAGAUUUAGACCAAGUGCCCUUUAUGAAGAAUGAACUUGAAAAAUUACGUUCGGACAAUGAGCAGCUACGGUAAUAGGCUUUCAAUUUUUUAAAAUUAACCCUUAAAUUUUAAAUCACCACAGUGAACAGAUUAAACUGUUAAAUUAUCUACUUUUUUUCACUAUGUAUAAAAUAAUUCGUUAUAGUUGGUAUCUUGUGUCACAGCUUUAUUUGUUGUGAAAAGGAACUGUGGCAUUAACAAUAUAAUUUGAAUUAUUUAUAAUAACAGCAGUUUUCUACACAUUGGUCAUGUAUUUAUAAGUACUAAGUAAUAAAAUUAAUUUAAAACAUUUUUUUUUUUUAACCUCAAGAGGGAUUAAUAUAUAAAAGCUUUAAUGUUAAUGGAUUUAUUUAAUAGCCGCAAUGAACAGAAUACCUUGUUGCUUGAGGAAGAAGUGAGGAGUUUAAAAACAAAGUUGAAGUUGGUCGAAGCGAAUCAAGAAAGAAUAUUUGAGUUGGAAAUAGAAAAUGAGGUAUCAUUUGCUUUAGCUAGUUAAUUAAUUGAUUGCAUAUUAAAAUAUUGUUGUAGAUCAUUUAUUUAAAUUUAAGAUUAUAAAAGACUGCUUAUAAUUAUAUAUAAUUUUUUAUAUAGAAUGCUGAGUUACCAAUAAUUUUCAUAAGAAAUUAUAUUGCAAAUAUGUUAGUCACAAGGAUGUUUCUAUCGAUUUUUCAUUUGUUUAGACUUGGCAUGUCUAGAUGCCUACCAUAAUUUAUUUAGAUUCACUAUAAAAAUCCCAUUUCACAAGAAAGUGAUUUCAAACAUUCAUAUCUACCAAAUGUCAUUGUUAGACAUAGAUUCACAAAAAAAAAAUCAUUCAUUACAAUCAAGGUAUUUGAGUGCUCUAAUUUUAUUUAAUAUGAAAUACAGUUUGACUAUUAAUUAUUACAUAAGGAGGACCCACAUGUUGCUGAAUAGGACAAGUAUAAUCAGCUCUGGGCUGGAAACCAUUGGCCUAUACAAAAUAAAGCAUAAAGCUAUAACAUUUCCUAAAUGGAUGCUAUUUCCAUUAACAGCAAAGGUGUAUCGAAGAGGCUGGACCACUUCUUUAAAACAAUAGGAAUACAUAGCAACUUUAAACUCAUUAAUUGAAUCCUUUCAGGAGCUUCAGGGAAGACUCCAUCGAUGGGAAGCUACUGACACCAGUGGGAGCAGGAGACCUCAGUAAGAUAGUCUGGAAACUCUAUAAAAAAAUUAUUAACAUAAGUAACCAAAUGUAAAAUGGGCAAUGAAAAUUGUGAAUUGAGUAAAUGAUGAGACAAAUAAUGAUGAAGGAGAAUAGUUUCCUUAUAAUGUUCCACUUUUGUUUUAUUUUUUGGUUUUUGCAAUAAAAUCUUGAGCUACAAGUCAAAUCUUAUAUUUUGAAAUUAAAAAUAAAAGCAGAUGGAAGAAAAUGAAGGUGAAUUGACCUGUGAUAAAAACAAACUUGUCAAAUGCAUGGUCGUUUUGUUUUAUACCAAUUAACUCUCUGUUCUGAUAAUUCAUCAGAAAUCAAGUUAUCUAUUUAAAAUAGUUCUUACCAUGUUAUUUGAAAAAAAAAAUGUGAUGACAUGUUUUUCCUUUGUGCUCAAAGAAACAGUUUUAUUUUUUAUUAAAAAAACAUUAUGAAGUAAUACCUUCCAAAGAAUAUAUUCACUUAUUAAAUCUUUAUUUUAGUUACAUCUUCUUGUGUAAACCAACUAACUUAUUACCAAAAUAUGUUGGUUGAAACUUGACUUGUCCGACUUGUCUAAGCUUAAAAUCUUGUUCUUUGUUGAUCAGGUCUCCAAGCUCAUUGUCCAGGCGGGUUCAAGAUUUAGAAAUGAUUCAGGCGAAUCUGAUGCUAACCCAGGGAGAAUUGCAGUCUGUGUAAGGAAAAGAAUAUGAUUCACAUUCAGUUACUCAUCACUUUAAGUCAAUAAAAUAUCUCUUUUGGGCCUGAAGCCUGAAAGAAAAAGACUGAUAUUGAUAUGUUAACUUUUACCCUAGUUUUAAAAGUCUUUGCAAUAAAGCAAUUUCGUAACAUCUGUGGCAGUUUUAAGUGUCUGCCUCUAGCUUGCAACAUGAUGUAUUCUUAGGCCUUCCCCUCUUAAUUAUUCCCUGUGGAUUCCAUGUUAGGGAUUGUAUGGUGAUGUUAUCUGGGGGGAGUACGAGAGCGUGCCCUAUUCACCUCCAUCUUUUCCUUAUGAUGUCUUCAGCAAUAUGCUCUUGGUGUAUUAACCUUUAAUAUUAUUAUGUUUUGUAAAUUUUAUUGCAGGAUAAACUUAUCACAGCGGAAGUUUGAGGCAGCUCAAUCCGAAAUACAGAAAAUUUCUACAGAGUUACAGGCUUUCAAAAACAAGGAGGCCCAGCAGAAUGAUUUUAAUAAGCGUCUUAACAGAAAGUUAAUGUUAAUAAAAAAGGUAAUCACUGACUGUAUAAACGUUUUUUGAAAUGUCUUCCACUGCGCUCGAUUGCUCCUCUCUGUCAUAAAUAUUGCAUCCAUCCACUAAGCGUUAACAUGGUGGAGACUAACUACUGAUAUUUAAUUUUUGUCGUCUCAUUGUGUCCAUCUCCAUACUCUUCAAUUGGAUCUUUACCAUAUAAACAUAUUUGGAACCUUAUCAAAACUAAUACAUGUUUAAGAGUCUGCACAAACAUCAUGACUAAAUCCUGUAGCCUUGAUUUAAUAAUUAGUUAAUCUCCACAUACACCAUACAAAUGCAGUAUAAGAACAAAAUAAAACAAACGAAACAUGGACUUACUUUUUCAAACUCUCACUGAUAUGUAUUUGGCAGAAUAGUUACUGACCUCUGUAAGUGCUGUUGUGUACUUCACAUUAACAAUUAGUGCUAUUUACUUUUUAAAAUGUUUUUUUACCUUAAAAGGGAAUUAACCAGCUGCUUAUUCAGUUAUUCAUCAGUUUCCUAGUUUCAAGUUUAAUAUUUGUAAUGCCAAAAAUGUGAAAAGUUUGGAAUUGUACUAUGACAGGAAAGAGAUAGCUACAAAAGCCUACUUGAUUCAUAUGAAAGUGAGGUUACCAUGAAUUUUGACUCUGAGAAGAUAAGUCAGGUUCAGCAUUUGGAGGAAGUAAUACUUGGUUAUAAACAAGAGACAGCUGAAUUGGAAGCUGAGAUUGACAGCCUUUCAGCAAGACUGACAGACGCUCUAGCUAAAUAUGACCAGGUACAUUUUGUUACAUAUGAUUAAUUAUGAUUUAAAACUUUUAAUUUAUAAAAUGUUUUAUUUCAAGCGAUGAAUGUACCUCGUAAGACACAAAGUUGAAAAAUGAAUUUAAAAAAGCAAAAAAAUGGAAGUAACUCAUUUUAAACUAGUUAAAUUUUAGAUGAGUCACUGUUAAAUUUUCAUUAAAAAAUCUGCAAUGCAAUCUUAAGUUCAGAUUUUGUUAUUAAUUAUAAUAUUUUAUGAAAUAGAUGCAGCAGCAACUUCAGAUAUCAGGUACAACAAGCCAGCAACCAUCCUCUAGGGAAAGUCAAGACAUGAUCCGGCAGCUCCAGUUAGUUUUAAAUACUUAAUUUAAUAUAAUACUUCUGACUUGAAAAAAUGCGACUUCUAUUUGUUAGUUAGACACUUAUUCAUACAACAACUUAAAGUUAGCUGCAAUUAGCCACAUGCCAGAUGGAAGUUUCAGUAAUUUUUUAUUAUGUUUAGCUUGUCUAGAAUGUACAUUUAAAAUUCUGGAGCCCGUCCUGCUUUUUAAUAAAGUAAAGAUUUGCUGAAAAUUUUAAAGAGAAAAUUUCAAUUUCUGUUAAUUGGAAGCAUUUUACUUUUCAUUACUUGAGACUUGAUUAGAUUUGGUACCUUGCUCUUCAUAAGAGUAUGGUUUUUAGAGCUAAUCCAAACACAAUUCUUCUUAGAGAACGUGUAGCAGAAUUAGAGAUUGCUUUAUCGAAAACACAGGAGGAGAAAGAUAUACUGGAAGCAAGGAUAGAACAAAGAGACUUACAGGUAUUUGUACGAGAAAAGUGGUUAGCUCAAAUGGCCUUUUUUGCCCAAGAGGAGCAUUUUUACUGCUUUCUAGUGCUUUAAUGUGAUAGAUUAAAAAAAAAAAAAAAAUUAAAAAGCCUGGAAGUGACUAUUUUUCAUACAGGCAUUAUGUUAAUAUUCAGAAAAAAAAAGAAAGUUAAAUUUUUUAUUAUAUAUGUUUUAUUAUAUGUUAAUGUUUUAAUGCUAUUUUAUUAACUUACAUAAUAAGGUUAAAAUUCAACUUUUGCAUUACAUUGUCAUUGAUUUAUUUUGAUCACUACUUAUUAGUUGCAACCCACCUUCUUCUUUGCAUUUAUAGAGAGAUAUUAAAACUAAAUACCUAUUUAGAAAGAGCUCUAAUGUGUUCUAAUCUCAGCAAACAUGAGCAUUAAUUAUUAUUAUUUCCUUAUAUUCUUCAUGUACUGAUGUGUCAUUCUAGGGUGACUACGAUCCAUCAAAAAUUAAAGUACUUCAGUUUAUGAUGAACCCCUGUGCCAUAGCACAGAAAGCCCGCCAGCUUGAGCUGGAGAAAUUUAAGGAAGAAAAUGAGAAGCUUCGUAAACGAAACCAAAUUUUGGAAGAAGAAGGAAACGUUGAAAAUAUCACCUUGCAAGUUCAAGAGAAAUUGCAGCAUCCGUCACCUAGUAAAGAAUUGGAAGGUAAUAUUAUGAUUACUUAUACAUGGUUAUCAUCACUCAUUUUGUACCUGUUUUAUAUUAUAUAUUUGUGCAAGUAGAUACAAGCAAAGAUUUAACCAAUCAAUUAAAAUGCUUGUGUACGCAAAAUAUUCCCCCGUUAGUUUUUAGGUGGUGAUGUAAUCAAAAGAUGUGAGUUUUGGUAAUUUUGUUCAGUGAAUUUAAAAAUUGCUUAAUAAAAAUGUUUAUAACCAAGAUUUUUCAAUAAAUUAUUUUUCUUACUUUGACAUUAAUUUUGUAUGUUUUAUACAAAACAUUCACAUGCAUUUUCUUUUGAUUUAAUUUUUAGAAUUGAAAGCCCAACUAAAGAGAGAAGAGACACGUAAUAAACGAUUGUUGGAGGUAUUUAAGAAAACAAGUCAUGAAUUUCGUGAGGUCUGCUAUCAACUAACUGGCUAUAAGCUAGAUAUUCCAGCUACAAAUCAAUAUAGACUCACUAGCAUGUAUGCUGAGAGUUCACGGGAUCAUCUGCUUUUUCAGGUAUUUCGAGUUAAAAUAUUAACUCAUUUCAUGGCUGUGCUACUUCAGUACUGGUUAGGGGUUGCAAUCCGGGAUCCAGAAUCUCGAAAAUACUGGAUUACCAGACCACAAAGGAUGCUCGAAAAUACCUGGCUUGGAUUUAUGAAAACCGUUAUUUUUGAAAUUCCAGGGAUUUCAUUUUCAAAAAAUAUUUAUUGUUUUUCUUAGUUUCCAUGUCGUAGUUAAAGCAAGAAAUAUCAAUAAUUUAUGUGAGCUGUGAAAUGCGAAUCCCUCACACCAAGUGUAUCACGUUCAAAGACGGACUAGACCUGUGUACUGUACAUUUGUAAAAAAUCAUGGCAUUGUGAUUAGUUUUGUUUUUACAUCGUGUGUGUGUAGUGUGUAAGUGGAGACGAGUCGCGACAUGAAGGUACAGGAUUAGUAAUUAAAUGUCUUCAUAUUAUUGACAAAUAAGUAAUUGGUAUAGUCGAAUGAAGAUCGAAUGUUGACUUGUGUAAAGAGUUUGUUUGUAACAUGACUUAAAUGGAAAUAAUAACUCUCGAAUCACGGGGUCAACUUUUUAUAACAAAAAUGUUUGAUUGCUUGAUUUUUUAAAAUUAUGCCAAAAAACCUUAUCACGUCUUCAACAAUGUGCUGAACUAUGAGUAAAUCCAUAUUUUGAUAAUCAAUUACCUUAAGUUUAAGGUUCAAGAGGAAAAUAUCUAGAAAAAUUAUUUUACUCCUAUUUUGUGAUAACAAUAUUAAUAAUCUACAUACACCUCAUACCGUAUUUUAUGGACUAUAAGAUGCACUUUUUUCUUCGAAAAAUUGCCUCCAAAAUUCAUGUGCGUCUUACUCAAAAUUAAUAUAAAAAUAGGUAAAACUGUUAUUUUAUUUUUAAAAAUUGCUUAAAAAUUAAAGUGCGUCUUAUAGUCCGUAAAAUACAGUAAUUGAUUUUCAAGCUAUUUUGUCCCAGGCUGAAUGUCCCAGUUUGUCUUUACCGUACCUAGCCAAACAUUUACAUGACUGAUUGCCCCAGUUUGUAUGUACCGAACUUAGGCAAACGUUUACAUGAAAAUUUAAACAUUUAAAAAAAAGUUUUACACGUCAAACCAAUUCGAUUUUAUAAAUAAAUUUUUGUUAAUAGCUUAUUUUCCCUUCAGGUUAGUAGAAAGAAAUGAGGACACUAAAAAAAUAAACCUAAUUAUGAAAAGCAUAUGAAACUACUGGAAACAAAGACAUUAGUUUGAAAUUAUUUCUUGAAAGCUAUGGGCAAUCUCUCAGUUAAAUGCAUUAGAUGUAACAAGAUACUUAAAAUAUUGGGAGGUACAACUUCAGGCCUUCACACUAUUUUUAAGAUGCGAAAACAUAUCGUGGAUAUUCCUCGUUGGAAAUCUCUAUGAACAAUGAAAUUGAACAUCUUGGAUCUGAGCAUGACAAACUUGAAGAUACACUGCCGCUUAAGACACAAUUAGAAAUUGAAAUACAGGCUCAGAAUAAUACUUCCAGACUAAGGGAUGGAGACAUUAAUAAAAUAGAAAUGGCUUUAUUUGAGAAUGGUGGUUCAAGAGGAAAAUAUCUAGAAAUUACGUAUGAAAUGUCUAUUCCUCCGACCAGUGUGGAGUCAGAGCGGGUGUUCUCGUCAUCAGGUUACUUUUGUAACCAUUUGCGGUCAAAGUUAAGUGACCAAACUUUAUACAAGUUGUAAUUUUUACGAUCUCAUUAUUUAAAUUUGACCAAAGAUUAAAACAACACAAAUUAUUUUAAUAUUUGAUUACUAAAACUAUUUAAAUUAAAAAGUGAAGAAUAUUAUUUUUGUUCGUUUAAUAAAUACAGUAUAAAGUUUUAUACAUUUGUGUUAUUGUUAAGAGCUUAUUAAAAAUCAAAAUGUGAUAUUUUUUAAUUGAUUUUUUUUAUUCUCUUGAUAAAUCCUCACCUCUAAUCUCGAAUCUCGACUAAAAAUUCUCUAAAUAUAGAAAACAUCAGGAUUCUUGUAUUCGUAAACUUCAAUAUAAAAAAUACCGGUUGUGGCAAAAGGGACCGGUUUUGCGACCCCUAGUACCCGGUAUGGGUACUUAUCCCACAAACUGUGGUCAGCCGAAAUUUUUGUUAUGUACUGUGGCGGAAGAAAAAAUCUGCCGACAAAAAAACACGGUCAGAUAGCAACUUCCAAUCCAAUAUUCAACCGAAAUUAUAGCCAAUUCCUUUUAUUAAUAAUUAAAUCAUCUUCCGGGUAAAGCUGUUUGUUGAUAAUGUAAUAAUAAUUACUUUUUAAUCGGAGUUUUAUAUUGCUGUUCAUUGUCCCAUUUUUUUUCUAAAGCUACAAGCUUAAGUGGAUAAGCUAUGGCUGGGCCUUCUGGUAAAAGUACAAGAACUAAUAGAAAUAUUUUUGAAAGCUUUUUAGGAGAGUAUUUUAGUGCUACUGAUGAUGAUUUUAAUAUUCCCCAUGACAAGCUCAGAUCGGAUUCUUCUUCUAGUGAAUCUGAUACUGGUCUUAGUGAUACUGAGGUAGACCUACUGUUAGACUUCUAGACAGGCCCAGAGGUUGGGCAAGGACUGACUGGAUUUUAGUUACAGAAGCUACAUAUUAUAGAUCAGAACUAAUAAAUUUUAUAGUUGGACAACCCAAAUCAGUUCCGCAGUUCCUUUUUAAAUUUUUACUUGUCAAAUAAUAACUUUUUGCCUGAGAUUUUGUAUGUUGCGAUUGGUUUUAGCUGUGAUCGAAAUUUAUUUUUUUCAGUAAUAAAUGGCCUAAAAUGACUAAAAUUGCUUUCAGAAGCUUAUUUGUAUUAGAAACCUUUGCAAACUAUACAUUUUCUGAGAGAUAAAUGAAUUUUCUACCACAUUUUAUAAGUAUUUUAAUGGAAUAUCUAAAAAUCAAUAAUAUUAUGAGCAAUUGGAAAUCAAGACAUUUUGUUGAUUUUUUUUCUUGAACACUCCAAGGUCAUGUUCACUUAACAAAUUCUUUUUAACAAGGUGGGCAAAAUAGCCAACUUUAUCCCCAUCCAUUUACCGUUCUAAAAAUAUACACUUAUUGGGGUCUUGUUUCAAUAUUUCUAUGUCAUAUACAUAAUGCUAUUUCUAAAGGCACUCAAAAAGCUCACACUACAGCAUGAUUCUAUACCAUAGUUUGUGGGUUCUGGGAAGGUCUUGAACAAAGGGAGUUAACUCCAUUAUGUAAUUGAUUUACUUUUGUCAAAUAUUUUUUUUAGCUGCAAUUUGCUAAAUGUUAAUGAACUUUAACAUAACUUUUACAGUAUAAAACUUCCUAGUUCAGAAUGAAAUCCUUAGUAUGAUCUGUUUCAGUAACUGUGCUAAUUAUUGUUAAAAACUUUUAAUAGCUUUACCCAACAUAUUUUUGUCUUCAGCAAAAUGAACGAGGUGAAAUCCAGUUGCUCCAGACAGAUUUCUCAUUGACUCUCCAAGAUGCCAUGGAGACAUAUUUGCAGAGACAAAACAGUAUUCCCAUGUUUUUAAGUCACAUCACUAUGGACUUGUUCAGCAAACAAACCAUGAAUUUUGACUGAAAUGUUUGUUCUAAAAUACAACCUAGUUUUAAAAUACGGAUACAAGACAUUGAGUUAAUUUAAUACUAAUACUACCGGUAUUAGAAUUUUUGGUCAGUCUAAUUUCAAUUCCAUAUGGAUUUCUGUCAUAAUGUAAUAUGUGGCCAACAAUGCAAGUCUCCAAAGAUGUGUAAACAAAAAGCUUAAUUUGCAAGAUUUGUUUACUUUCAAGGAAAUCACAAGAAUUGAAGAACUAAAUGGAGUACCGGUACUCAAUGUAAUACAGAUGUAAAGAAGAAAGUUAAACCUAAUCUUGAACACCCCCAACCACCAACCCCAACCCCCCCCCCCCCCCCCCCACCACCAACCCCCACCCCCCCCCCCCCCCAAGUAAUAUCCAUAGAGCGCGGGUUCGCAGCAUUUUGUUAGUACCGCAGCCGCACAUUUUAAAAAAUGUGUUGGAAACCAGGGAUAUAGAUUGUUUUUUUCCCUCAUCUUUCUCGUCUGAAGUAGAUCUACUAAAUUAAGGCAAUUAUCACACCUUUUGAUACCUAUCGCAUAAUGAUGAGGACAUUGUAAGUGAAUUAUUAUUUUUUUUCUCAAUAAAGAUUACACUUUUUAUUGUA